UCAAAUUCUUGUUAGUCUUGUUAUGAGUCCACCUAAGGUUGGAGAUGAAUCCUAUGAAUCAUACAGUACUGAAGGAGAUAGAGCUCUAGAGCUAAAAGCUUCAAUGGCGGCCAAGAAUCAACAAACGCGAAAACCCAAGCAGAGAAAGCAAAUUUCAAGCUCAAACACUGACCGAGAUUGCUCGAAAUCGAAGAAACCGAAGCUACUUGCUUCAAUCCAAUCAAAAACCCCUUCAAACAAGCCGUUAAUAAAACCUUUCAACCCAUCGAAACAAAAACACGAACACCCAAGUCAUUCAAAGUUUAAGAAGCAGGAUUACGGGAGUGAAAAUAAAGAGCUUUCUAAGAGAGAGCGUCGAAUCCAAGCAAAGGAAUUGGCAGCAGCUAGAAAGACGAAGAGGAAACCACAUUAUACUCUUGAACAAGAGCUUGCAUCUCUAGGGGAAAAGAUGAGACUUCGGAAUAUUGCUAAAAAAGACAAAUCAAAGCUGAUAACUGAAGCUCUGCAAAAGAUGAAGGGAAAGAUUCCAGAAAUAACUGGUUCUCAUGUUUCGUCUCGUGUUCUGCAGACCUGUGUUAAACAUUGCUCGCAAACAGAAAGGGAUGCUGUAUUUUCUGAGCUUCAGCCACACCUUCUCACCCUUUCGUGCAAUGCCUGUGCGGUGCAUCUUGUGAAGAAAAUGUUAGAUGCGGCAUCUAAUAAGCAGCUGGUGGGGGUUAUCUCAACUCUCCGUGGGCACGUUGCUUCGCUUCUUCGUCACAGGGUUGGAUCUGUAGUUGUUGAGCAUGCAUAUCAACUUGGAAAUGCCUCUCAAAAACAAGAGCUUCUGAUGGAAUUAUAUUCUUUCGAGCUUCAUCUGUUUAAAAACUUUGCAUCCAUAAAAGAAAGCAGGUUAAUAGAUGUAAUAUCGAAGUUGGGCCUGCAGAAAUCUUCUGUUUUGCGACACAUGAGUUCGGUGAUUCAACCAAUCCUUGAAAAAGGAAUAGUGGAUCACUCGAUUAUAUACAGGGUAUUAGUAGAGUAUUUGAACACAGCUGAUCAUUCCUCUGUUGCGGAUAUAAUUCAACAACUGUCUGGUCCACUCCUAGUUCGUAUGAUCCAUAACCGGGAUGGAUCUAAGAUUGGGAUGCUCUGCGUUAAGCAUGGAAGUGCUAAGGAAAGAAAGAAAAUCAUCAAAGGAAUGAAAGGACAUAUAAGCAAGAUAACACAUGAUCAAUGUGGGUGCAUGGUACUCGUUGGCAUUGUUUCAAUGGUUGAUGACACGAAGCUUCUAACAAAGUUCAUCAUCCGUGAGCUCCAAGAAACAUUGAAAGAGCUUGCUUUGGACAAGAGUGGAAGGCGCUUGUUGUUGCAGUUGCUUCAUCCAAAUUGUUCACGCUAUUUAAAUUUCGAUGGUCUGGCCUUUCUGAAUUUAUCUGUUCUGUCGCUCACUGCUAAGAAUGAUUACGAAGUCGGAUCUGAGAAAAUUUCAAGGGAUAAAGAAUCUAAUAAGAAGGCAGCUAAGAGUGAUAUUCCUGAAGAGAACAUUGAUGAAGAACCUACAACGGAGACAGCUACAAGUGAUCCUGAUAUGACAGAAACCGAGUCUGGUAAAAGUGACAUUCCCAAAGAGAGCCUUUGCUCAGCUGAAGGUGGGAAGAAGGAUCCUUCAUUAAGGAGGAGAGAGUUGCUAGUCAAGAGUGGGCUCGCUGAGAAUCUUGUUGAUGUUUGCAUUGAGGACUCAAGAGAAUUGCUUACUUCAAAUUUUGGCAAAGAAAUAAUUUUUGAGGUUGCAAUGGGUGGUUCUGAUGGAAUUCUCCGCCCAACACUGGAUAAAAGUGUAUUUAACCUCAAGAAGCACAAUCAGGCUAUCACUCAAUUGUUGCUGCAGUGGACAAACUUGAGGCCAAAAAACAUCACUGUGGAAAACUAUAUUGUGCUUAAAGCGCUAAUCCCAGGUUUUGAUCCUUGGGGACAAGGAUCCUUUCAUGGAGGGGGUAUUGUCAUGCACAAAGGAGAAGAGAUAAGAAUCGGAGCAAGAGAAUUGGGGAAAUCAGAUAGGGUUAGGGAUUUGGAAUUGGGAAUGAACCUGACAUGUUCUACAGCCCACUAA